GUUGAGCUCGGAAUCAGCUGAGUUUGAUGAUCCCGCCCCGUCAGGACCGUCUCCACGGGUACUCCGUGGAUGUUUCAGUGGUCCGCACAUCCUCUGGAGGAAUAACGAGUAACCCUGUUAAUUUUCUAUGAGUGAAGAAAGGUUUAGCAUGGCCAUGGGACGGACGUUAUUUCUAUAUUUUUGACACGGGUUGUAUUGAAACAAGUGGGCACGCGCGCACCCUGAGCUUGUUUUGCAGUCGGUGAGUCAUUGAUGCACCUGAUAGCUAGCUAACUGUGUUCACGACUAUCUGCUCCAAUGGUAUUUACACCUGUCGAAUAUUAACCACCUUAUUAAUUACUUAAAUGUUUUAAAAUACAACCAUUCCCUUUAGGGUUACGCUAGUGUCUAAUUUGUACGGUUAGCUUGCAAGCUAUGUUCAGUUUUUGCUCAUUUAAUAUAAGUAUUGGCAAAAAAUGUGCGGAUGUUAGCUGUUUUCAUAUAAAUUUGACCAACGUGAAAAUAUCAAUUGUUUCCUGGUCUUAGCAGCGGUAUGACAGUCAUUUAGUCAGUGGUCGUGCGGUUACAUAAUAAUAGCCUCACCCAGCAUUAGGCUCUUGUGAUGAUACAGUUUAUUCAAAGUGGCCAAAAGCAGCAGCAGCAGACUGAUAUUUGGCCUCAUUUUUUGGAGUACACACUGUCCUCUCAUCCUCCAUCCUCCCACUUCAACACAGUCACAUCGAAACAUGUGCUGGUGCUGGUGGUGUUGGUGGUGUCAGUCAGGUGACAAAGAGUCCAGAGCGGGGUUGUUGUCUGCUAUACUGCGUGCGUAUGUGUGUGUCCACCCUCAAUGCACACUCAUCUGCCUGCAGAUAUGCAUGGUUUUAUUACACUGGCUGUUUGCUGAUGAAUGUAAUGAGGAAGUGAGACUGCACAUGCCGUUGUUACUCUGCCUGAACAAUUUGAUUAUCAAGCUGUCACCUGCGAUUAAGCUGGGUUUUUUGGUUCCUCAUUUGCCUGAAAGGUGAGUGUGCUGUUGCAGUCCAUCCAAGGUUAAACGUUUGAGCAGCAUCAGUGUGAAAAGGCUCAUAAUCUGAGUUUAGAUUGCUGAGUUGUGUUACUCUGUGUUGCACUCUUUGUAUAGUGAUCUACCUUUAAAAUCAAGUCUUAAAAACUGAUAAAGAUAAUGGUGUAGCCUGGAUUUUACAAUUAUAGCUGUCACAUGUGACUUUUAUGGAUGUAUAGAGUCAGCUUCAUGCUCACCAGUUCAAUUUCCAAAGAACUAAAUAAUCAGUUAAACCUUCUUCUUUAAUCAUGGAAUAAAAAAAAUGAAAAGGUGUCUAAUGUUGCUUAACUUGGUUUGCACGGAAUAGAAGAUGAUUGUUUUGUUUAGACUGUUAUGUGACUGUCAGGGCCUUAGAAAAACAAAUGUAAGUAAGGCAGAGAGACCUAUCAUACAAGCAAACAGGUGUAACAAGGAACAGGAAAUAACAUUUGAGAAAUCCUGAAGGACUAUAUGAUCAUAAAAUGAUAUCUAUUGGCGUAUUUUUGAUGUUCCUAAUGUAAGAAUGAAGACUUGUCAACAAAUACAUUUUUGUUGUGGUCAUAUAAAGCACCUCAAUGUAAAGAUAUUGUCACAAGUUGUUUUUUUGGAAUAUAUUAGGGCUUCCCUGUUUUUUUAAUUCACCUGACUUCCAGUACAGUUUAGUAUGUUAGAUGUGUUCAAAUUCUAUCUUAAAUUUUCAUUUUACAACUUGAAAAAAACAUGCCGCAAAUUUUCCUCUUCACCGUGGAAAAAGAAACUUGCAAUAUAUCAAAAUCUAUCUAUAACUUAGUCCUAAAAUUUCAGAAUAUCCUUACGACAAAGCUUCAGGUUAGGUUGUGUGUUGGUUUUCUGUCGUACUGAACUGUAAAAGUUCACAGGAGGCUGAGUUUGUGUUUGUUUCUAAGGAUUUAAUCUCAACUCUUCUCCAGUUUCUUUCCUGUUUUUCACCUUCGUCGUACAAACCCACCUCAGAGUUUGGUACAGGCAGAUGUUGACGCUGCUGUCAGCAGUUAUUAUUUUCCACUGUUGACUACAGUUUCAUCACUUUAUAGACAUUUGUUACUUAUUUAGCAAGUCAAAUACAUACCAUAAAUUCUGGGACACUUGGUCUAUGUUAUUGUGUCUUUAUAUUCUACAGUGAGCAACAAGGAACAACAGAAUUUGAUUGAAAAUAUGACAAAAAGGGGAUAAACCUUUUAAAAAGCGGUUUAUAUGUGUUUUAUAAAUGAGUAAUUGUACAGGAUUUUUGGUCAGCGGUUUUAUGGUUUGGUCAAUAAUACAGAGUCACGGUCCAGGCACGUGUUGUUUGGUCUGUCCAUGAUGUUAAAGCCCUCUCAGCUCAGGCACACUCAGCCCAGAUGUCUCUGCUCCUCUAAUCCUUCUUUCCACUCCCCCACCCAUCUCUCUAUUCAGCUUGAUUUAAAUACACUACAUUAAGACACACACAUACCCACGUACACACACUUUCACACCACUGUAUAUGCCAUGUGCAUUAAAGCAGUAAAGCCUCUCUUUCUGCAGUAUUUCUAUUGUUCGGGACCCUUUCUAUCUUGGUUUGUUGUGUUUUACUUUCCUGUUCAGCUCAGUAGAAUUUCUUGUCCUUUACCAGCACCUCCUCUAGACUGUUUUAAAGCUGUACUCAUUGAAGCUGGUACAAACAUGACCACUUAAUAUGUGAAAGUGACAGCCUGACUCUUAGGAGAAUCAUCGCCUGGCUCUAUAUUUUACCUCAGAGCUACUGAGCAUCUUUUGACUCAUUUGCAUCGUGGUCUAAAACUAAACUCCCUCUCUCUUACACUUGUUUCUAAUUACAGCUGGUCACUGUUUCAUGAGAAAAAGCUUUACUCUACCAACACCAAGCAGUCGGAUUGCAUUUGGAGUAAUAAGUUGCUUUAAAGGAGGAUUUCCUUCAGGAGUUUUAAGGACCCAAACAAAGUUGAAAUGAGAGAAAAACACUUCUCUCAAAUGAUGCUAAUGUUCCUUCGUGUCAGUGAAGUGUGAAAAGAUUGUUGUUUGUUUCAUUUCCAAUAAAUUUCCCCUCACGAGUCUGAAAAUCUAAAAAUGCUACUUGAAGCGGAAAGACAAAGCUGAGCAGACUUUCACCCUCUGUUUUUGUGCCCGGGCCAGAACUUGUUUUGCUCUCAAAGUGCAUGCAGGGCCACUCAGUCUGCAUUAGAAGAACUCCUCCCUCUUCAGACUGAAAUACAGGUCGAUGAGACAAACAUGGAGAAGUCAUGAAUGAGGGCAUUUGUCUCCACAGCCUCUGCUUCUGUUUAUCAGUGAGCAGCUAAUGGGCUGAUUUUAUUAUGAGCCUCAGAGGCAGAUGUAUUUCUAACAGGUUGCAGACAGGCUGAUUUUAUACUUGAGUAUUUAAUGGUUGUGUGAGUUGGAUAAACUUUCUCUCUCAACCGAAUCAUUGUUUUUUUUUUUCCUCUCUUCCAGAAAUACUUCUCUCAAAUGCUUGGAUUGGACUGAUGCAUCAUGGAUCCUGAGGAGCUAGAGCUGCAGAAUGACUAUCGCUACCGUAACUAUGCGGCGGUCAUUGAGAAAGCGCUGCGAAACUUUGAGUCCUCGAGUGAGUGGGCAGAUCUUAUCUCCUCUCUGGGGAAACUUAACAAGGUACAGUCUGAUACACAGUUGACUCACUGCUACAUAAAUAAAUACACUAACAACUCAUCAGUCUUCAUCUAAUUGUGCUGCUAAUGCAAACAGUAUCAGUAAAUGACAGAGGUUGAUUACGUGGUCUGUUAUUUCAUCUGAUCUCUUUCGGUAUCUAAAUUUUGCAGAUGUCAGUUUCACAACCACAUUUUUCACUUCUCAUUGCUAUAAGGGGAAGUCCAAGUGUCUUACUAAGGUGAACUUGGUUUGUCAAACAACCUAAUCGUGGAGGUCAUAUGGUUUAUUCAGGGCCUCCUUCCUUUUAACUCGCACGACAGCCAUUUGCUUUUUGAAGUCUCUGUGAAAUCAGUCAUUUAAUUUUAUUGCUUCGCCUAAUUGUCACUAACAACUCCAUUUCCCACUGUUUCUUUUAGGCCCUGCAGAGUAAUCUUCGAUACUCCCUCCUGCCUAAGAGGCUGAUCAUAGGAAAGCGUCUCGCCCAGUGUCUGCACCCGGCUCUACCAAGCGGAGUUCACCUCAAAGCGCUGGAGACCUACGAAGUCAUCUUCAAAAUCAUCGGGACAAAAUGGCUGGCCAAGGAUUUGUUCAUCUACAGGUGAAAAAAACAAACCUAAUCUUGUUUUUUUUCCAAGACUGACAUUUUUCCUGUGUGAGCAGCAUUUUAAGAUGUGUUUGUCAAUGCGUUUCAGCUCCGGUUUGUUCCCGCUGUUGGGCCAUGCAGCUAUGGCAGUGAAGCCUGUUCUGCUGACACUAUACGAGCGUUACUACCUGCCUCUGCAGAGGGCUUUACUGCCAAGUCUUCAGGCCUUCAUUACAGGACUAUUGCCAGGCCUUGAGGAAGGACUGGAAGUUUACGACAGGUACAAAGCACAUACUAUACAGCAGUUUUCAGAGGAGAGAAAGAAGUAAUGUCAAACUGUUAUCAAAGUGUUAGACUUCGAUAUGCUUAUGAUGGCGCUUCAGUUGACCUUGUUUAUUUUGUUUGUAGACAGGAGGUUUAGGAUUGAUAUUCAAAUUAUCUGUCAAUGCUCAACCUUUUACAAAUAUCUGAAGUCUUUCAGUUUAUAGGAGACGGAGCUGAACAUGAAUUUAAGUAUUAGACAGAUAAGAGAGCAGGAUUACUCUGGAAAAUCUUGGUUUAGGUGCUUUUCAGGGAUUAUCAUGUGUGAGUUUGUGUUUAUCUUGUUCUCUUGUAUAACAUAAUGAGUGAUUAACAUUAAAAUGGAUCCGUGUGACAUUUCUAAUAACAAGGCCAGCCACCGACUCAGAGAUAUGGAUUAUAACUUGCUUAUAUGGGGAACACGUGGCGCUGAUUUCUCUGGUUUUUCCUCUCUGUCCAGGACCGAUGCGUUGAUGGUCAAGUUGUCACUGCUGGUGGGUCAGCAGGUCUUCUACGGCGCCCUGUGGGGCAGCAUGCUGGUCAGCCCCAUGGUGCGCCUGCCCGCCACAGCCUUCGUAGUUGCACAUUUUGACCGGAUGGCAUCCCUACACCAGCAAACACACAUGCUAGGCUAUGACCACAGGCUAGUGGUGAGUCUCACACUGGAUACCACAUGAAUUAACUCUUAAGAGACAGUAUUUAAAAGGGUCCUUGUCUAAAGAUUGUUCUGUAGUCUGUUCUUACCUCUCCUGAAUGUCGUGGGUUUCUCGUCUUCUGCCUCUCUUCAGGUGAAGUCAGUGUGCCUUUCUUUGCAAGACUCAAAUCUCUUGGUGCAAAGGAACAUGCUUGAAAUCGUGCUCUACUUUUUCCCAUUGGCUACAUGUCUGGUAAGAACCUAAAACUGCUCAUUGCCUGUUUGAGAUUUAAACGCCCUCAGACCCCAUCAUUGAAUUAACCUUAUUGAGGAUAAAAAUACAUAAACAGCUUUAAUACACUCAGUGUUAUGACUUUGACUACUGCUCUCAGUCAUUAAACAUAUUCUGUUUUAACUCCUAAUAUCAAGGCGAGCUAUUCACUUCAUUUUUUUAGUAAGCAUGUGUACUGUCCUGUCACUGAGCUCUCCUGUUACUCCUGAAUCAACCCUUCAACUCUGUAUUUCAGGAACCCACAGAGGCCAGCAUGGCUGUGAGUCCCGAAGACGUGGUCGCGAUAGUGUCCGCUGCCUCUCUCACAUUUCUCCGCAGAGACAUGUCCCUCAACAGGCGCCUCUACGCCUGGCUCCAAGGUACAGCUCGUUAAAACACAGCACAGGGACUAGUUACCGACUCGGUUACGUAUUUAUCUCAGUUUUCUUUGCUUCUGUGUAAUGUGUGUCUUCAGGGACAGACAUAAAAGGAGGAACACCACACCCCAACUUCUCUAUGACUGCGGAGGAUCACACAACUUAUUACUUCAACACCUACUCCAGAGAUUUCCUCAUACAGGUGACUAAUAGUGUUUGCAAACAGACACUCCCCAGAAAGAUAAAUGUUUUUACUAUUUAAAUAAACUGAUUUAUCGACUUAGCCCAGAAAACACUCACUUUUGCCGUCAAACUUAGAUUUCUUGUAACUCAUAUAUGAACUCACAGACAAGAAUUGCUUUUGCAUUACAUGCUUUGACAUUGUUAAGAUUUUUCAAACUUAAAACAUAAACUCACAUUCUUAAACGUGGUUAAACAAAAAGAUAGACACCUUUCUCCGGUUGCAUAAAGGCCAGAGAGAGGUAGGACAAGAGAGAGGACCAUUCCUACGCUACAAAGUUAAUCCACAGUCUAUCUCCUGAAGUUCAGAUUCUGUCUCUAAGAGCCAAACUGUGAACACUAAAGUUGAGGUUAUUUCGUCAUAUUUACUGGAGGAGAACAGAAACUUGAUCUCUGAGGUUCAAAGUGAACAGAAGAAGCUGAGAAAGAAACAGUUCUCCAAUUAACUCGUGUUUCAUUGUGGUAAAAACAAAAGCCAGUUUCUCACAAUGUCCCGAAACUGUUUCUGUCAAUAUUUAAGUUCAAGGAAGUUUGUAUUUCAGGGUUUUUCAGUCAACGAGUGGAAACAUGACACAUUUAAGUCAGGUGUUUCUGUUUAAACGAUGUGUGUUUGUCACUAUUGUCUUCUAAUUUUCAUAAAUUGUUUCUACAACCUCAGGCUCUGAUUAGCAUCCUCAAACAGAAGCCUGACCGAGAAAAUGUGACAGGAUGCCUCAGGCCCUUUCGCAUCAUCAUGAGUCUGCUGGAUAAACCAGACAUCGGUAAAAAAACAAAAAGAGAAAACACUCCGACAGCCUUUGUUAAAAACGCAUUUUCAUGAAAGUGAGCUUUGUUGCAGCAGUCACAUUAUUUCUGUACAGGUCCAGUGGUCUUGAGCAGUGUGUUGCUGGAGGUCGUCCGAGCCUUUUACACUUACUGUCGAGAGAUGCUUGGGGAGGAAAACAUCACCAGCUCAGGGCUCUCAGGCAACCAGUUAGCCAAGUGAGAAAAAAGAAUAGCGAUACAACAAUAACAGAAAAAGAUGCAGGUAGAAUAGAGCAAAAAUGUUAUUAAUAUUCUUGUGUUUUCUCUCACAGUAAGAUAAAAGAGAAUAAAAACGCAUCAGAGGUCAUAAAGACGAUGAAUAUGCUGGUGAGCUCCAUGAACAGUGAAUACCUGUGGGAGUACAUGACCCGACGCUUCUGCACUGCUCUCAGGUAUGGCAACUCUGGAUUCUUACCCAUAACCUUAUCAUAUUUGGAGAUGUGUCAAACUGUCCUCAUUUACUCUCGGAUAUCAACUAAUAGGAAUGUUUUCUUUUCUUUCUUAACACUAUAGUAGCAAAGAUGACCCACCAACACCUCCUCAGCAGGACCGCAGUCACCCGGCCCCGUCUGUCACAGAGAUGGCCAAUCUCAUCAUUUUCCUGCUCGAUGUUCUUCCUCUGGUAAACGACACUCACACACCUUGUUGUUACCCAAACAUGAUCAUUUCAAAAGUUAAUUUUGCCUCUGAAAAAUAAGUUGCGGUUUAAGAUUUUGACAAAAUCCAAAAAAUACUUGAAACUCAAUGAAAGAAAAGGAUGUUAAGAAAUAAAGAAUACCGCUCUGCCUUUAUUCAAUCUGCUUUGCAUCCCUCAAGCACUCACUUACUGCAUGGUUCAACAAAUAAUCCCAAUAUUUAGUGCUAGCCGACCCACACUUGACUCAUUUAUCGCAACAGUUUUUUUUUUUAAAUGUUCCUUUUAUCACACAGGAGCUCCAUGCAGACAUCCAGUCCCAGUUCCUACCGGAGAUGCUGGGCACCAUGCUGCGGACUCUAUCCAACCACAUCGCCUCUAUUCCAUUAGAAGACGUAACACAGGGCCUGCGAGCGUGCUUCAAGGUCCUGAGUAAGAUCCAGAUGCCUGUGGCUUAUAUGGACCUCGAAGCUGGAACACAAGCAGAGGACAUGGAUUUACAGCUACCUGACGAGGAAAGCCAAAACACAGAAGUAUGACCUUUGGCCUUUGUAGUCUUUUGAUUGUAGUUGCCUGAAUGGGAUGGAGUUUUUUUGUCAGCAAAAUACACCUAAAAAUAGUGUGAUCAUCAUAUAUUCAGGGUUCAGCAAUAAAUGACAAUAUUCUUUGACUGCAUCGCUUCUCUUAUGACUGAAGACAGUUGUCGUCCACCGCUCCAAAGUCAGGGGGCUGAAAAAUGAAGAGACAUGGAGACCAGAGCAAAUUAGCACAAAAGUAGCACAGGUUAUUUCACAACUCAAGCAGAGUUAUGAUGCCAUUUUCAGGGGGAUGGUAAUAAAAAUAGCACAGAUAUCAAACAGCCAAAUAUGGUGUCACCUCAUUGCCUUGUUGUAAAGGUAAGAGGCACAAAAAGAUAAUCUUACAACACGUGCGUGUGAGCAGCUGUGCGACUGAUGAACAGAUCAAAGCGGAUUACAUCUGCAGACCUGUCAUCUAUUUGAUACUCUGCAGGUUAUUAUUAUUAUUUUUUUUUAUGUCAGGGUCAUCUUACUGUCAGACCACUAUGGUAUUACAUGAUGCGUGACACUGACUCGUCACAUUUUGUUCUCUUUAGGAUUUUGAAAAUGAGGUACAGAAAGAUGCGGGUGCUGGUCAGGUUAAUGGUCAUCAUGAAGAAGAGCCAAACAGGCAUGGUGGAGAUGAGGCUGGUGGUGCUGCUGCUGCUGCAAAUGGUGUUUACCCGACACUGAGGUCUGAAGACAGCGGAUUAGGAAUCAGCGCCUCGCCCUCAGAGCAGCAUCUCCCUCCUGGAGUGGGUCUGGCAGCAGAAGAAAAUGGAAUUUGCAAAGAAGGGGAAAGAGUCUGGAGAAGGGGAGGCAGUGUUGACACCAUGACCCAGUGUCUCCAGGAAAUCCUGGCCUUCAUAACCACAAGGUAAAGUUAUCUAUUCCUUAAGAAGCAUACUGAGCUCUUUGUCUUGUUGUGAUUGUUUAAUUGUUUCAUCCCUCUGUGUUUCAGGUAUUUACUAGUGCAGGUGGAGGAUGUCAGCAGACCUGAAGAAGGACCUCAACCUGACACAACUGCUGCCACUGCAGAUCAGAAAACCCUCCUUCCAGGGGGACGGGAAAUAAAAGACAAACUAACCGAACUCUUCUCCCCAACCAAACUGAAACCUCGGCCUACGUUUGACUCCCAGCUCCCAGAAUCCUCCACGGAGAGGAAGAGGGAGCGCGCGAGUCUGGACUGGGCAGCUGGCUACAUGCCUCGAGGUCGGGCAGAGAUCUCAGAGGCCUGCAGACAAGCUUUUACCGCCACCUGCCACCUGCUUCUGGAGUGCACCACCUUCCCAGUCUACCUGAGUGAAGAGGAGACUCUGGCCCUCCACACAGACAUGUUUGGGAAUGCAGGUCAGCACACAGAAAAAAGACCAGCUGUGUUUAUACAGGAACACUUUUACCAGUGACCCACAAAUAUGAUUUGAUUCAUUGAUCCAAUUAUAAAUCCUUUGAAAUAGGGGUGUCCCGCUAUGAUAUUGAUAUCAGAUAUCGGUCCAAUAUCAACAAAAAAACUAAUAUCGGAUUAUCGGCCUGCAUCUUAAAUCUCAGAUAUCAGCAGUCCGACACAAGCUGUCCAUUCCAGGCUCCACACCAGCACCUCUAUCUAGCAGCACUCGGAUCCAUAACGCAGAGCCUGAUCACAUGAACAUGAUCACAACAACAGUGUGUGUACUAACGUACUAACAAAGUUCCAAGGAGUAAGAGUGAUGUCAGCCCUGUGGCAGUAUUUUUCAUUAGCACAGAAGUUUGUUCCAGUAUCAAAACAGUAGGCUACAAUAUCUGUAUCAUAUCUGAGGUAAAAAAUUCGUAUCGGGACAGCCUAACUUUAAAAUGAUCAAUGCAGAGGGGAAACAUCAAACUAUGGUACCAUCACAGUACUGAUAAUGUUAUUGAUGCUGAAGACUGGAUUGGUUUUUACAUUUGACUGUCUGUUUGAGUUCAUUUUGUGAUACUUUUUGUGUUUGAGUAGACUUUGUGAUACCAGGAAAAAAUGAAUCCUCAUCAAAACAAUAUUAAAUUGUGAGAAUUAUGAACUUAUUAUUAACAACUAUUUGGAAUACUCCUUUGUUUUAAAUCAUCUGCUCCCAAUUAAGCCGAAGACAGCGGUCACAGAGUUCUUUAUGUAACUGAUUCGGGUAUGAGAUGUACUUCUUGUGACAGGUUAACUAAUCCAAUCAUGUUAAACUAAUGUAAUGUCCUCUCCACUCUUAUCAAUCAUUUUUGUUUUUCACAGAGAGUGAAGUGGAAAGCCUUCCUGUGUGGUUGAGGUCCUUGAUGACUCUGUGCUGCCUGUCCAGGGACUAUAACAUCCAGCACAAUGCAGUGGCCUCCCUGUUAGAGCUCAUCAACCACUCCCAGUCCUUAGCUUUGGUCAUCGAGGACAAACACAGACGCUACCAGACAUCAGACUCCAACCCUCUGAGUGGGCGUCUGCAGAUGGUCACCGUCCCGCCAGUCUACCCUGCGCUUCUUCAUGCCAUAGAGGAGGACACAGAUUUCUUUCAGGUUGGAUUAUGAACUGAAAAUGUUCUCUUUUCUUAGAGUUGCUUUGUAAAUCUUUGAUUUUUUUUAAGAGUAUGCUCUCUCCCACAUAAAUUAGAGGGUGUCCCAGGUACUGUGGAGCCAGCUGGACACUGAGCGGAGAGAGCAGCACAUUUCCUGUGUGGAGCUCUUCUACAGGCUUCACUGUUUGGCUCCGUCAGCAUCCAUCUGUGAGGACAUCAUCUGCCAGGCCCUGCUGCACAAAGAAAAGGUGAAUAGAAGAAGAAGAACUUUAUUGAUCCAUGAAGGGAAAUUCAGUACUCAUGAACGAUACUGUGUUUAAGCAUUUAUGGUCUCUAUGCAUUUUUCCAAACGCCUCUUUAUGCUUGUCUCCCCAGUCUGUCAGGUUGGAGGCACUACACCGUUUUACUGUACUGUGGCACUUGACCCGAGAGAUCCAGACCAGCAGGGCCAUGUCUAUGAACCGCUCUUUUGACAGGUUAGUCUAUGAGUAAAGAAAAGGAUGGAUUUAGAUGUAUCUGUAUUGUUUUACAUCCUUUUGUUCCAGUGUAACUUCUGAAUAAUGUUAUGCUUUUAUAGAUACAUCCCUAACAUAGAGUAUUUGUCAGCCUCUCUCUGUUAGUGGGUUAACCUGCUACACAAGUGCAAAGUGGAACUGACACAGAAAAGUUGGGAGUGUGGAGUCAUCUCAGACAGAAAAGCAAAACAUGUGUCACAGCAAACAUGAAAGUGGACUGAAAUCCCCUCUGAGAAAAUAAAUGUCUGGAUGUCAUGUCGAUAUAAAUUUAAUGACAGACUUAAAAAAAUGCAAAAACCGUUAAAUGAGAAGUGAAAAUCAAUAUUAAAAUCCAUGAUUUAACCCUCCUCUUUUUAUAAGUAUGGUGACUUAAGUGCAUGAUCUUCUCUUUGGUUAACUCGGUCAGUAACACGGCACCACAUUCGCUGUGAUGGAAGUUUUUGAUGGUGAAAACUUAACAGAUGAAGGAUAAGACUUAUCAGGCUUCACAGGAGAUUCUUAUCAUUUAAAGAAACCAUCGCCUCACAGAAGGCAGGGUUGAGCAAGGGAGCGUUACAUCAUCUAGGAUCUGACAUUUAGAUGUUGCUAAAUAUUAUCUUUUUUACACAAUUUACAUUAAAGGCUGUUGAGCAAUGCUGAUGAGCAUAUUCUGUUAACAAACCAUCGUAGACUUCCAUGAAACAAAAAAAAUGUCAGGAUAACUGUUCAUUUAAAAAAAAAAAAAAACUUGGAGUACGACUGCUGAACUUCUGAUGACCGUGUUUAAGUCUUCUCUGAAUCUUCUUGUUGAAAUGUUUGCCCCCCCUCCUCAGGUCUCUGUGUGUGGUGGUUGACAGUCUGAGCUGUACCGACGGUUCGAUCAGCGCAGCAGCUCAGUGCUGGCUGGUCAGAGCUCUUUCCUUCAGUGACGUGAUCCGAAUCCUUGAACCGAUCCUGCUGUUGCUGCUUCACCCGUCCACUCAGCGCUGCUCCAUUCAGAGCGUCAAACAGAGCCUCACUGUCGGUUAGUGCAUUUGUCGGCAUGUGUGUGUUUAUGUUGUGUCAGUGAAUUUGGUGUCAUGUUAAAAGUUUUUGUGUGUUUUUUUUCAAGGUAACUUGAAGGUUUCAGGCAACAGGAGUCGAAGCUCCACUAAAAGCUCAGGGCCGUAUGCAGAUGCCAUGGCAACAGAGGUUACCACCUUAAAUCUGAUGAACAUCGUGGACCGAGAGGCGCUGUGGACAGAGUUAGACAGUGGUGCUGAGUCCGUCCAACUACCGGACACCUUAGCUGUUUCUAGGAGCGAGAGUGAAGAGACAGAGGAGGAGGAUAAACAGGGGGAGGAGGAAGAGGAAGCUGAGAGUGAACACACUGAGUCGGCGGACACCAGCGGCGCCCAAGUAUCCACUGAAAACUCCAGCUCAGGCUCUGCACCCUACCGUAUCACUGAGGAUGGAGGCGUGGUCAACGGCCUGCGGAGGGCGGAGUCCGAGCGCACACAGGCCUCUGAUUCACUGUCGAGCGAGGAUGAGGAGGAUUUAGAGCUGGAGGCCAUCGCCAAGUCUCGCCUGCUGAAACAAGAGCGAGAAAAGAGAGAGGCCAUCGACUCUCUGUUUCGCCAUGUGCUCCUGUAUCCUGCAACGGGCGGCUGGCGCCACCUCCUCCAAGGCCUGGCACUGCUGGACAGCCUUCUGAGGAGCAGCGCCGAGUGCCCCCUGGUGGAUGCUCUCUCGUCCACCUCUCUGGACACAAGCUCUGCUGCUCAUUUAAACCUCGUCUCUAACCUCUUGCAGCGCCACCAGCAGGCUCAGGAUGGUAAAGGCUUCUACGGCGGUCUUCUCUCCCCGUCUUCCUCUCCAACUCCACCCCCUUCCUUGCUCAUUGAACUGCUGGUGUCCUUGUGUCUGCGAUUACUGCGUUCUCAUUACCCCUCUUAUCUGAGUCUGAGCCCCCUUGACUUGCAGGGGAACAGGGAGGCGCAGGUGAAGAGUGUGGAGGUGCUGACCCGCAUAGUGAACCAGCUCUGCUGCAUGGCACGGGGACAGCAGGGCAGUGGGACAAGUCUGGAGCCCGUUCGCAGACUCCUCUCAGGAUGUAAAGUGCAGCAGUAUGCUUUGCUUUCUCUUUCUGCAUCGAUGUAUAUCAGCCAAAAGGGAACAGACAAGGGGGCAGCCAAGUGUGCGGAGGUGCUGGAUGAACAAGGGGCUCCAUCAGAGGAGAGUCUUGUAAAUCUGGGAGCAGGAGGAGGACAGGAACAGUACACCUUACAAAUGGAGUUACUUAAACUACUUCAGGCUCUCAUAGUCCUGGAGUACCAUGUUUGGCCAGGUGGGGCCGUCUCAGCAGCAGGGUCGGGUGGAGCUGCUGGCCACUCAGGGGAUCCCCGUGAAAUCCAGACUGCGAACACCCCACUCGCCCGUGAGUGGCAAACCGCUGUCCUUUUUCAGCAAUCCAUCAAGGCAGCUCAGUACGUUCAGAGCCACCCCAUCACCGCACAAGGGAUGUUUGUCUCUGCUGCUGCCAGGGCUCUGCAGCCGCAGUACGGCUAUGCCAUGCACCCCCACUGGGUGUCACUGCUGGUCUCCUCUCUGCCAUACUUGGGCCGCUCGUUGGGCAUCAUCGUGGCUCCUCUCAUCAGCCAGAUCUGCAGGAACUUGGACGAGCUGGUUAAGCUUUAUGAGCAUGAUGGAGGAAAGACAAACCAGAGGUACACUGAGCACAAACAGUUUUUUCUUUUUUUUUUCUUUUUGUUUUGACAAUUUAAAAAUUUCAGUUUGUCCUUUUUGGUAAAACAUGAAAUCUGUUUCAGCAUGACUCAAACUAGUACAAACAUGAAUAUCAACUAAAGAAAUAACAGUAAGAAAUGAGAUAUAAAGGAUCAUGUAUUUCUUGAUUUAAUGCUUGAGGAUUUUUUAUCUGUAUAGUUACCUUGUCCAGUAGUCCUAGAUUAUAGUCCUUUGAAUGUCAGAAUUUGGUUUGUCAUAUAUACAUGUAUAUUUUACUGUUAGAGACUUAAAGCAAAUGUUAUUUUAUUCAAAAACAAACAUGCAGACAUGUCUGUGCUCUGAAGGAGAUGUUUAACAUUUGUUUCUGUCUCGUGAGCAGCUUGAGUGGUAGGCGGGAAAACAUCGCCCCUGACUAUCCUCUGACUCUGCUGGAGGGCCUCACCUCAAUCACACACCAUUGUCUCCUCGAUAACAAAAGGGUGAGUGAUAAAUACACAGAUAUGCACAUCAUGUGAUUAUGAUUAUGUGAGUGUUUAUAACCCUCCUUCUUUGUCUCCGUCAGUCCUUGGUCGCCUGCGAUCCUGUCGAUGUCCGAAAUGCUCGCAACGCUGUGAUCGAAGAACUGCCGCACAUGCUCAACAGCAUGGCGCUGUUGUGGGGUGUGGUCAUGAGGGAGGAGCUUCAGAGGCGUGCUCCUGACUCUGCUCAGAGUAGCAGACACUCUUCUACCUCUGUCUACUUUAAAAGCACCAAGGUGUGUGAUACAUGAAAGUGUACGCUUGUCACAUGAUGACAAAUUUUAUUGAGGACAGAUCUGUAUUAUUUAUAUUUGAUGUGUUUUAUGUUCAUAUUUAGAUUCUAAGGCAGCGGAUUCUGGAGUUCCUGGUUCCUCUUACUCUUCAGUACGGGGUUCAGCUGAUGGCGUCACUGGGAGUCGUGUGGAGCAGGAGGAAGAUUAAAAGAAGACAUAAAAAUAAAGUAAGAGCUGCACUGUGUGAAAACAUAAAGGAGUUAAUGACUUGCACAACAGCCCUCAGAGCUCUCAUAUCACUCCUGUCUUUUCAGGUCUUACCUGUGGCCAGUGAGUUGCAUCUCACUAUAGUUGAUUUGGUGAAAUCGCUGCAUACACUGCACACAGACACCAUCCUACAACUGGUCAAGGAAGUGGUGAAAAAACCUCAUCAGAUCAAAGGAGAACAGGUACAGAGACAUGCGCUUGGAAGUUGUCUGCUGGAAGUUUGUGAAGUCAUUUUUUUUAACUCCUGUUGCUUUUUUCUUAUCUUUCCUCAUCAGAAGUCAAGCUUGGUAGAUAUCCCCAUGUUGCAGUUCAGCUUUGCCUAUAUCCAAAGGUAUGCAGGAUGGACAAGACCCCCUUCUCCCAAGCCCCUCCAGGUUUAACAAAAACGCUCCACACCUGCUCCCAUUUUCUAACUCUAUUUUUUCUUCUUUGCAGCAUUUCAGUUCAGGCUCUGCAGGAAAACAUUGCUCCUCUCCUCAGUCUCUUACGAGAGUCUGUUCAGCUCAACCUGGCUCCACCUGGUCACUUCUUACUGCUGGGGUCUGUAUUCAGCACAGAAGUGCUUGCUUUGUAUUCUGUAUGUAUUACUACUCCUCCUCGUUGACAACCAUGCAGUCAUUCAGACAUGGACUUGUUAGUGCUUUUUGAGUUUAUUUUAUUUAAUAAUUAAUAUCUAAGGAUUUGCCUUUUCCUCUUUCCUCAGUAUCCUCAAUGACCUUGUCAACAGACUUCCCAACCUGGACAAUAAAAAGGACAGCAGAGAGCUGCAGGUACAGCGUGCACGUUGUUGCUCUGGAUCAAAUUAAGCCGGCUGCUGUAGCCGGAAUAUGAUGGUAAUAUUGUUGAUGAUAUCAUACAGGAGGUGACGCAGCGAAUCCUUGAAGCAGUUGGCGGCGUUGUGGGGUCGUCUCUGGAGCAGACCAGUUGGCUCAGCCGAAGCCUGGAGGUCAAAGUUCAACCACAAGUGUGCACAGAAACAGAUGAAGGAGACGACGCAGACAUAGAAGGUGACUACGAUGAUAACUUUAACAAAAGCAUGUGUCUUAAUCUACUCACUAUGGGUUGAGAAAAUUGACUAUGUGGAUUGACAGCGUCUGCUUUUGUUAGCUAUGAGUAAGAGACCGGACCUCUAGCUUAUCCUUUCUACCUCUCUUUGUUCUGUCAUUUCUCAACAUAGCGUCUAAGUAUUCAAAUACUCUAGUUUGAAUUAGUUCAAGUUAAAGACUUUUAUCCUAGUUUCCUGCAAUCUGUGAAAGCACCCACAGGCAAUAAUUUGAAAAAUGGUUACGCCUCAAAUAAACUCACUCUCCUUUCUUUUCAUGUCGUCUUGUCAGAGUCAAUGGCUCAAGCCGGCACCAUGGUUUCUUCUUCAGCUCCCUCAGUGUACAGCGUUCAAGCUCUUGUCCUCCUGGCUGAGGUAAGGGUUUUUUUUUUCACUUUUUAUCAACAAGUGAUAAAAAUAAGUGGAUGAUCAUAUAUUUUAACACAUUAUCACAUUGCAUAGGUCUUGGCACAACUUCUCGACAUGGUUUACCGCAGUGACGAGAAGGAGAAAGCUGUUCCUCUCAUCUCUCGGCUCAUGUACUAUGUUUUCCCCUACCUGAAAAACCACAGGUAACUGCUGAUUCAAGGCCAUCUUAAAUCUGCCGCACAGCUUAGGUCUCUCUUUAACUUCCCCUAAUUUGUGCCAUUUUCCUGCAGUGCCUACAACAUGCCGAGCUUUGAGGCUGGUGCUCAGCUGCUGAGCAGCUUGAGUGGAUACGCUUACACCAAAAGAGCCUGGAAGAAAGAGGUGUUUGAGCUUUUCAUGGACCCCCUCUUCUUCACCAUGGAUCCUUCCUGUGCCCCCAGGUUAGUUUUUGUUUGUCUGAAUUACACUCGAUUUAUAUUUGAGUAUUCGCAGCUUCUCCAUGAUCGUGAAAUACAGGUUUGUUCUUUGGAUCUAACAGACACAGAGAAACUCUUCUUAACUUACAGAACUUGUAAUUCUCCAUGAUCAUAAGAAGGUUGGAUUUGUAUUUAUGACAGUGAGAGGUGAAGGAUGGCAUCAUAAAACAGAGCCUGUACUUCAGCUGAUUGGAGGAUUCAAAGAUGAUAAAGCAGGUUAAUUUGCCAAACAAACUUAAUGAUUGACUCACAUUGAGAGAGGUCUGUGAACUUCUUCCUCCUCUUUGUGUGUCACUUCACACGUCUUUAACCAGACUGAGUUUCUCCAAAAGCUUCAGUUUAAUCUCAAAUAUGCAGCAGCACAUUAUAUCCAGGAUAAUUAGACCUCUGAAUUUUUUUGCUGUUAAUUUCAUAAUUAGGAAGAAGUUUGUUGUUUCUUCCUGCAUUCAGAAAGUUAAUCUUGCAGUUUUUACGAAUGAUCUUAAAUGCUUUUUCAUACUCCUCUUUGUUUGUAUCUCAGUACAUGGAUACAAAACUAAAAGAUGAACAAGUUCACAACCCUGGCUGUAGAGGAUGAAAGUUAUUUUACAUGAUAUCCUAAAUAAGAAGGUUAUAGCUGAACAAAUGCAAACCAUAAGAACAUUUAUCUCACAGUCUUUAUGGAUAUUUUGCAUGUGACGUGAUACUUUUACACAAAAUUAAACAUGUCUUUCUCUCUGUUUGACUUCUUUUUUCUCUGUAGUUGGAGAUCCAUCAUUGACCAUCUACUGACUCAUGAGAAGACCAUGUUUAAAGACCUUAUGAGUGAGUCCCGCCACUUGUAAAGGUUUUUGGUGCUGUAAUAACACAAGCGUUAUCCUGCGAUGAGAUAUUAUUCGAGACACAGAAGAAAAAUUUGUCUAAAUCACACAAAGUUUUAACAUGUGGUUACAAUUCCAGUUGUACAAGUAGUGUUAAAGACUAAAAUUACAGACACAUUUCAGUUAUUUGCUGACACAGGUCUGUGUUUAUUUGUGCUGCAGGCAUGCAGAGCAGCUCCCUGAAACUGUUUUCUAAUGUAGACCAGAAACCCAUGCUGCUGAAGCGUCAAGCGUUUGCCAUGUUCAGCGGGGAACUGGACCAGUAUCAUCUGUACCUGCCCCUCAUCCAAGGUACUGUUUUCAUGUUUACUUAAGAGUCAAAAAUAAAGACACUGAAGUUGACUUGGUUCUUGUAAAACCUCUCUCCGUUUCCUCUCAGAGCGUCUCACUGAGACCUUGCGUAUGAACCCAAGCCCUGCCGUCUCAGCGCAGAUAUUCCUGAUGUUUCGUGUUCUCCUGUUGCGUAUUUCAUGCCAGCACCUCACAUCCCUCUGGCCGAUCAUGGUCACAGAACUGGUAUGACCUCUUUUAGCUCCUUUGUUGAAACAGCAGCAUCAUUGUGAAAAUGCUUACCUUGACACUAACAAUGCAAACAUGUUCUGUUUGUUUUUCAGAUUCGCAUAUUUGCACGACUAGAGAAAACUCUACAGAUAGAAAAAGACGUCUCCAAGUUCGUUCAUAAUCUUAAGUCAUUCAAUCAUGUUUGGUUGAGAAUCUCUGUUGAAACUUUUCUCUCUAACCAUCUUUGUUUUGUUUUUUUUUUGUUCCUCCCACCUAGGCUGGCUAAAGUGGUGCGCAGCGCCGUUGACAGGAACGGACCGGUGAAUUUCUCCCAGGCUGAGUUGGACAUGUACCUGUCAGCCUGCAAGUUUCUGGACACGUCGUUGGCGUUUCCUCCAGAGAAGAUACCACUCUUUCAGAUGUAGGAUUCAAACAUACAGACUGACAUAUCUCACGUUUACAUUUACUAGUGCGCCGUUUGAUGUGUAAGUAAUCUUUUGUUUGUUCAGGUAUCGCUGGGCGUUUGUUCCUGAGGUGGAUGUGGAGCGAUACAGUGGUCCUGUAGAGACUGCACUGAUAGAGGGUGAGCAGGAAUGCACUCCUCAUGUUGUCAAGAUCCUGGAAGGAAUCCAGCUGCGAUUUGGGGUAAGCAUGUGUGGAAAAAUACAGACCAUUACAAAGUCUUUAGGCAGGUCUACCCUUUUCAGAGAGUCAGCGUCUCACAACUAUUGAGUUGAUAGUCCCUGAAUUUCCCAUCUUGAUGUUUCUCCAGACCCUGAAUGGACUCAGUGAGGAAUCCUCCACAGAGUACCUGGAGUUCCCCCUCCUCACCCAGCACUCCCUAUCCUCCAUCACCCAGCUGCUGCCUUUCCUUCGCAUCCUCUGCUGCUCCUUCCAGGGGCCUCCACCCUACAGCGACUCCAUGCGCCACUACCCAGUAGCAGAUUACCCAGCAUCCUGUUCAGAUACAGUCCUGAAGAGGCUUGAGCAAAUCAUUGAAGAGGAGUUUCUAGACUCUCUGGAGAGUUAAGCAGGAAGCUUUCUUGAACUGAAUUCCCCAAUUUAAGCUCUUUGACCUGCAGCUAUAUCAGCAAAUUACCUGGAAUAGGCACAACUGGUGAAAACUUGUAUCGUGGAAACAAAAGGAAUUUUUUAAAUGUUUUAUCUUGUCUUACCUCUGUGAAAAUAAAUGCACGUCUGAGGUGCUCUCACUCUGAAUCGCUAUCGGGAAAUUUAAGGGACUUCAUUGUAACUAUAGAAUAAGCUUAAAGGGUUAAUUGUAAAUUCAUUCCAGUUCAAAUUUCCUUCUUUGUCAAAUAUCAGCAGCAUUAUCUCAUUGGCAAGAUAUAAACACACCAAGGCUCUGUCGUACUUUUUAAUCCUGUGGUUUUGGGCUAAAAAUGUUAGAGCUAAAAAAACCUCUGUUAACUAAAUUCAUCCUCUUUUAUUUCUCAGUGGUUUCUUUUUACUUUGUCAUAACUCCAGAUUCACUGUGAAGAAUCCCGUAAGUUUCGUUCAUGUGUUCUUUAUAACCUCUGGUUAUUCUCAGCUUCAACUGCUUGCGUCUGUUAGACUAAGAAUGUAAAAGCUUCACUUGUCUGUAGUAGCGGUACUUUCCUGCUCAUUAUUACUGUAUCCAUCUUUAUGGGACGUCACGAAACUUUGACUAAGAUUUAUGUUAAUUUUUUAUAAAUACUUUGCUAUGUAUGAUUUGUGUCAACGAGGGGAACCCUUUGUAGUUAUUCUGGGUGUACCUCGCCUAAAUACAUGCUUGCCAUUUUUGGUGUUCAAGGGAAUCUGCCUUCUUUGUAGUUGUUCACAGAUGUUUUUUGCAGCAACCUGUUAUUGCCACAAAGCUAAUUUAUUUUGGAUGUUAAAAGGACCAUGUUAUGUUUUCAUUAACCUGAAGAAGACCCACAUUAAAUAUGCAAAAAUA